GAAUUCGAGCAAUAUCUUAACGGAGAGUUCAGAUAUACUUCAACUUGUAUGGGUGCACAGAAGCACAGGGCAGUUUUCCGCUGCAGUACCAGUAUUCUUUGGAAUACCGCAUGAGAACUACGCACUCCAGAGUCGGCAUUUUUCACGAAAAUGCAUCUGUGAGGCGAUACAUGCAAGACAUCCUGACGCUUCCCACGUUAACUGAGUGUACAAAUCAAGGAAUGAACCGGCAGUGGCUCUCUCUCGCUCGCGGGCGCGCACGCUCUCCGCGCCACGGCGGCGGCGGCGGCGCCGAAACAAAACACGGCCGCGCCGCGCCGCGCAGCGCCGUGCCUUCUUCGACGCCGCGCCCAGGCGGGCAUUCCACGGGCGGGUCCACGUGUGGCGCUGCCGCCGCCGCCGCACGUCGGACGACAACGCGCUGCCGCCCCCGGCCUGAAAACAUCAAGCCCCGCGCCGCCCGCCGCUGCGCC